GUGUGUCUGUGGAAGGCCCUCUGAAGGGUCGCAGUGACCGGAUUUGCUGUAGCUCUGCCGGAGAAAUGGCGACUUUAGCUGGGUGCCGGGGACUGCUCUCCCCGUCCCUGAACCCCGCCAGGCUCCUCCUGUCCCGGCAGGCUAGAGCUGCGGUGACCGGAGCUAUGAGCCUGGGACAGGCGGCGGCGAGCCCCGGAGAGAAGAGCCAGAGCGCAGGGAUUCUUGGUGUGCGUUUGGCCCACACUGAUAUCAGUAUUCCUGACUUCUCUGACUAUCGCCGCCCUGAUGUCCAGGACCCCAAGAAGUCUGCUCAAGACAGCAGUGAAACUCGGAAGGUUUUCUCCUACUUGGUCACAGGGUCCACUGCUGUGGUUGGGGUGUAUACAGCUAAGACAGUGGUCACUCAGUUUGUGUCUUCCAUGAGUGCUUCAGCAGAUGUCCUGGCAUUGUCCAAAAUUGAGAUCAAGUUGAGUGAUAUUCCAGAAGGAAAGAACAUGACCUUCAAGUGGAGAGGCAAGCCCCUGUUCGUCCGCCACAGAACUGAUAAGGAAAUUGCAGCUGAGGCUAGCGUGGACUUGUCAGAGCUUAGGGACCCUCAGCACGACAAAGACCGUGUCACCAAUCCUUCAUGGGUUAUUGUCAUUGGUGUGUGCACUCAUCUAGGCUGUGUUCCUAUUGCAAAUGCCGGCGAAUACGGUGGGUACUACUGCCCGUGUCACGGGUCACAUUAUGAUGCGUCAGGCAGAAUUAGGAAGGGCCCUGCUCCCCUGAACCUGGAGGUGCCUUAUUAUGAGUUUGCUGAUGACAACACAGUGAUUGUUGGAUAGAUGUGGACUUUCUUUAACUGAUCUUAUGUGUCUCGUCAAAAUAUGUAAUAAAUAUUAAUUAAACCUCCCAAA